CAUUUUUAUUCCGAUAAUAUCGUUACAUUUCAGCAAUAGAUAAAGGUCAAGAUUCUAUUUUAGUUGGCAUGACGAGCAGUCUGGCUGGAGUUGUAACAUCUCUAGUAUUUGUCUUUAUUGUUUGGUUCAUAAGAAGAAAAAUAAUCAAAGGGAAGCGUUAUAACUGCUUUCAAAUGUCAACAAGAGAGAGCGCAGUGCCAUUAUAUGACGAUAUAUUAGAUAUAAAUGAUACACCGAUGAAACAUUUUUCUGGUAGCGAUUUGUACACGGAAGUUGGUACCACUCACACACCGAUGGGUACACAUGAUUCCAGAUCCAGUAUGAGUACCAGCUGUGUUAAUGAAACUGCUGGCAAUUGUGCAAAUACGACCUUCGAAGUUGAUGCAGAUGCGGAAACCAAUAAAACAGAGAAACACCGUGUUAGUGAGAGCUAUUCAUACAUAGAAAUUGAUGCCACCCAUUCGAGGAGUACACAUGAAUCUGGAUCCAACACGCGUAUUAUUUAUGAUAACGAUUUUGCUGGUAAUUAUGCAUCAAUACUUGCAGUUGUAGUAGCUAUUAAAGACACUCGUGUUUGUGCGAACGCUCUCAGAUGUCUGCAUUGCACUCGAAGGGCAAUAAAAACAAUAAAGCGAUUGUGA